AUGAGCACCGGACCCUCCCGUUCGCAGCCUCGUCGCCCUGCUAACCCCCCUCCCUCUUCUUCCACCCAGUCAAUCUCAACCUCAACCGCAACCACCGCUGCCACCACAUCAUCCCACCGUCGCCGCCACUCUCUGCCCCCGGCUAACAAGCUAGCCUCUAUUCUCUCCUUCUGGUCAAACUCAAACGCUUCCGACGAUCCUCUCCGUCUCGCCGGUGAACGACUUUCCCGUCCUCGCUCGACUUCCCAGAAACAGACAUCAGCCUCUUCUGUCUCGAGUCGUCGUCGCAACCGUCGCAACUCAAAAUCCAAAUAUUCUUCUUCCUCCCCGCCACCACCACCACCGCCACUUCCUGCCCAUCCCGCGCCACCCCUUCCAGCUCCUCCUUCGACGACUUCCUCUGCAACUGUCGCGAAACCCGUUGUCACCCAACCGGUCUUAGUCCGUGCCUACUCCCCUCGUCCCGAGAGUACCGUGACAACCACUAUCCCCGAAGUCGACGAGUCGGAGCGUGUGCCUCUCCCCGCUAUCACCGAGUUCUCCUUUACUGGCAUCCUCAAAGCCAUCGAUCCGAAAGUCACUCGCACCAUCGAGACAAUAACCCACCUCUCAACUACCUACCGCUCAAAUCUGACCCACGAGACCGACCUAUUGAUCACUCACCAAAAAUCAAUUGAAUCCCAAAUCCUCCUCGCCGAACGUCUCUCCACCCAGGUUCUAAAGACAACUACCACCCGUUCCGACCGUCUAAAAUCAGAAGCUCCCUUCAAAAAUGGCGUGGCCGUCGAAGAUCUCGCUCAAAGCGCCGAAACAGCUUAUUCUACCAUCGAAAAUAUCAUAGCUACACUAGAAGCUAUCGACGAAAUGUUACCAGAGGAAGAAAAACUCGGUAAAUGGGAUUCGGUACAUAAACGUCAUUUCCCAUAUACUCAUUCCUUACUUGUCGCCAAGACGGCCGAUACUACUGUUAAACGACUGGGAGGGAAUGGUAUGCAGAUGAGUAGCAGUGUUGCCGUCCCAUCGCCUCUGAGCCCUCGUAUGACAAGCUCUAAUAGCUUUUCCAACAACCAUGCGUUGAUGGGUGAUACUGCGACGAAUAGUGGUGGUAGUUGGUUGAUUAGACGGAGGAGGGAAGGCAGUAAUGCUGGUCUUCCAUCCAAUCUACCAUAUUUAAGUCCUAACGGCCCACCCAUGACGGCCGAGGAAAGAAGAUUAUCGUCACCACCUGCUCUAUUACUCAGAACUGUUCAUCCCGGCGCCGCGUCGAUUAGGAGUAGCAGCGCAAAGGAUGUAGCGGUCCCACAAGUUGCAAGUCCCAGUCCUUAUCAUGUUCGCAGGCAAAGCUUGGUGACGAAUAUACCUGUCAGAGAAAGGGACAGUUUGAGCGUGGCUAGUAAUGCAGGAGGAAGUACCAGAAGCAGCUUUAGUUUCAAAAACCUGCUCUGGGGAGGAGGAUGGAAGAAAGGUGCUGGCAGUGGGAAGAGUGUCGGAGGGAGUAGUGUGGCGGGCAGUGAGAAUGGAGAAACGGCAGAGGAGAAAUUGAGAAGAAUUAUUCAGGAACAGACGAGGAAGAGGUUGAUGUUAGACAAGAAGGGAGCUGGGCUGUCGAGUAGUUUGCCCAUGUAG